AUGGCGGCGGAGCGGGCGUUCAAGAGCGCAAUCCGAUUAAAAGCUGGCAGCGCAGGUUUCCCAUCAGCUUGUCGGAGUGGAACUGACAGCAAACACUGUGUCCGCACGCAAGGUCUCCAGCAGCGCCACGGAACCGGCGGGACCAACCACCGGUUGUGCGAUGCAGGCUUGACUCCUACUUUUGAGGAAUACCUUGAAAGACAAUACCUGUUUGAAGCCACUCAACAACUGAUCGAGAGGGAGAAACAUCUGUUUGGAGAGAUAACCAAGGCUGAUGCAAUUAAAGCUCACGAGGAAGCAGUAGAAAAGCUAAAUGCAGACCAUAAAGCACUUGAAGAGCGUAUAGAGCAGAUGGUGCAGCAGAGUUUUUCUCUCAGCAGUGAGGAAGAGGUGUCUGCUUUGACAUCUGCAGUGAAAGCCAUCAACCUUGAGGAAGAGCAGGACCAGCUGUGGAGACAAAGAUGCCGGACGCCACCAGCCUGGAGGCCCAAGAAGUGGAAGAAGCACCAUGACAAAGUGCUCCAUGAAUUAGUGUAUAGUCGUUUGGAGAACCCAUCGAGCCCCACUGGUGGCCAGGUGAACCAGUCGCCUAUCCGAGCAGACGUCCAGUCCAUGGGCAGGCAGCUGAAGGAGGACCUGCAGUGGGUGGUGGAGGAGGUGAAGAACUGCUACCCACCAGAGAUGGACAUCUGUAACUUUUAUGCAAGACAGUACCAUCAAACUUUCAGCGCAAGACUCAAAAAGAUUGCAGACUUUGUUCUGGAUGACAAGGACCGCAGCUUCCUCCUGCGAUGGGUGAAGGAGUUUUAUCCAGGAAUCCUUGAAAAACCUGAGCUGGCCAGUAAUAUCAAUACUGAAGCGCUGGGAAACCUGCUUCCUGACGAGUUACUGAAACCUCUGGAGGAGCAGUACCUCAGCAAACAACAGAGCGACCUGAUGAUUUAUAUUGGCCGAGUAUUGGAUGAAGCAAAGAAAGAGUGGGAUCAAGGAAAGGAGCCGAGAAGAGAUGAUGGUUGCUACGCCAGUCCUGUGGCCUAUGAUGUCAUCCAGUUUAUCAACGGCAUCGUGACAUCAGCACAUAUAACUGUAAGAGACCGACACAAGGCCCAGGAAAUAACAUCCAACCUGACAGACUUCAUGCAGAGGUAUCAAAAAUUUCACAAAGACAUCAUAAGGCAGAACAAACGGCACAGCAAAGCUUUCAUAAAAGCAAACCUCAGCUGUGUCGAACAGUUCAGGGACUUCCUUGUGAAGCACGAUCUGUUCCCAGAGGAUGUGCAGGAAAACUGUUUGCAGGUCCUGACUGAGAUGAAACAGUCUGCCCUCACUUAUUUAUUAACCCCUGUGCAUAAGAGCCUCAAGCCACACUACCAGAAGGUGGGAACCAGUGACUGGCUGAAGAAGAACACGUUUGAGAAGCUGCUGAACAGCACUGAAGACGAGCUUCAAGAACUUCAGGGUUCGAGUCAAUCCUGUCAUCAGGAGCUGAUUGGUCGGCUUCAGCAGGAAAUGACAGUAGAAUAUGUCCGGAGGCUCCUAAAAGGAGAGGUCAAACUGAAGGACAAGGAUCGUCAGCAGAAGGCUUACAUGACUGUGAAAGAAAAUGCAGAGAGACUGCACGAGCUGUUUGCCAGAAUGGGAUCCACACAAGAUUGGUUAAAGGAAAUCCUGACCAACAUUGCAGAAGUGCUAAAACUCCAAGAUAUUCCUGCCAUACAGAUGCAAAUCGUUUCACUGGGAUCUGCUUAUCCCGACCUCAGUGAAAAACAUGUUUCGGCUCUGCUCAAACUCAAGAGAAACCUCUCCAAAGCCGACAGGAAAAUCGUCAAAACCACUCUGUCGGACACACUGAAGGAGAGCCGUGCUGCUGGAACCCGGAAGUUUUUCUCCAAAGUUAAAGUGAGAUGAGCCGCACAUUUGCUUCUUAGAGUAUCACUGACUGAGAGUUUGGUUGCACAGCAGCAAUAUUAUUGUGUAUUAUAUUGUGUUACAGUCUAUCUCUGUAAAGAC